CCACAAAUCCAAUCAAACAAACAAAAAAAACCCAACAAAAAUUAAAAAAAAAUCUCAAAAGGAUUCUUUUCAAAAACAUCUCUCAAGAAAACAUGAAAACAGGAAUGGGUUUAAUGUUGCUUACAGUUUUCAUGGCUGUGAUGUCUUCUACAAGAGUCUCUGCUCAGUCAAGUUGCACGAGCGCGUUGAUCAGCAUGGCACCAUGUCUCAACUACAUAACCGGAAACACUACCUCUCCUUCUCAGCAAUGCUGCAGCCAGUUGCGUAGCGUAGUUCAGUCUUCUCCUGACUGUUUGUGUCAAGCCCUCAACGGUGGAGGAUCUCAGCUUGGGCUCAACAUUAACCAAACACAGGCUCUUGCUUUGCCAAGGGCUUGUAAUGUUCAGACUCCUCCUAUCAGUCGCUGUAACGGUGGUGGUUCUAAUGCUGACUCUCCUGCAGAUUCACCAAAAUCCUCAGGACCAGGAAAUGGAUCGAAAACCGUACCAGUAGGAGAAGGAGAUGGAUCAUCGUCUGAUGGAAGCUCUAUCAAGUUCUCAUAUCCUCUUCUUGCCUUCCUUAUUGCGGCUUCCUACAUGGCAGUCUUCUUGAAAUACUGAUUUUCCCGAAUUUCCCCUAUCCUAUCCACGUUUCUCCUGAAACCGAUUAAGCUUUUAUGCCACUUAGAUUGCAUUCUUUAUUUGUUCCUAUUUGUUCACAUUUUGUUGUGAUUAAGUAUGAUCUAUUAUUUUAUGUUCUCUCAAUCCCUACUACUCUCCGGUGAUAUUGUUUGUAGCAACGGAGAACAUGUUGGAUCUCUUUACCUUUUACAAUAAAUAUUAUUUUUUUCGAACA